AUGGACCAUAGUGACUUCGAUAGUGUCUCUUGGAGGAAUGGGCCUGACAGCGAUCUUUCGAGACCAACCACCUCUGGGACCGAUGCUGAAGGCUCCAGCAGAUCAGGUUAUGAUAUCAAUGGGAAGAGACGGAUGAGCUCCGCUGGGGAGGAGGCGCCGCAACUUUCUCCACAACCCGCCGGUGAUCUUGCUGGAAUUGGAGACGGAAUGCUGGAAUGCACAGUAGAUUCGCCCUUGAAGGAGAACAGUGGCACGAAAGAUGCCUAUAUUUCUUAUCUCAUUACCACCCAUACCGACUUCAAAUCCUUCCAGAAACCAAAUUUCACCGUCCGUCGCCGUUAUUCGGAUUUCAAUUUCCUGUACAACAUCCUAUUCCGUGAAUAUCCAGCCUGCGCUGUCCCACCUCUACCGGACAAGCACAAGAUGGAAUAUGUGCGUGGGGAUCGAUUUGGAACCGAUUUCACUAAUCGUCGAGCCUGGUCCCUUCACCGCUUCCUUAAGCGGCUCUCCCUCCACCCCGUUCUCCGCCGUGCCCCUAUCCUAGUCGUAUUCCUCGAAUCUGCAGAUUGGAACGCGCAUAUGCGACUUCGCCCAUCACGUACCUCCACCAGUGCCUCCGACGGCGGCGGGGGUCCAACAGGGAUUUUUGAUAACUUCGCAGAUACUUUCGUAAACGCUUUCACCAAAGUGCAUAAACCAGACAAACGGUUCAUCGAGGUGCGAGAGAAAGCGGAUAAACUUGAUGAGGACCUAAAUCAUGUCGAGAAGAUUGUUGCAAGGGUUGUAAGGCGGGAGGCAGAUCUCGAAACAGAUUACAACGACCUGGCCACGCAAUUUCGCAAGCUUGUCCUGCUCGAGCCAGACGUUGAGGUGCCGCUGCAAAAUAUUUUGCCGCCUCGCCUACGGGAUAUGGAAGCAUACAUUCUCUCCCUCAAAUCGCUACUGAAAACCCGCGAACAGAAACAACUAGACUUCGAAGCCCUGGUCGACUACCGUAACAAAGCCGUCUUCGAUCGCGACUCCCUGACCAACAACCCAGCUUCAUACUACUCCCCCAACCCACUCACCAGCAACCCAGCCUCCUUCAUCCGCUCCAAAAUGGAAGACAUGCGCGGCGUCGACCACGAGCAAUCACGCCGCGAGCGCAUCCGCAAGCUAGAAUUGCGCAUUGACGAACUGACCCGGGAAGUCGAGAGCUCCAAAACCACGUCUGAAAUGUUCGAUGAGGAAGUCGUCAGGGAAGUUGCGGAUUUUGAACGCAUCAAGGCGAUGGAGUUCCGUGAUACAUUGGGGGCGCUGGCUGAGAAGCAUGUAGAGUUUUAUCAGGGGGUGUUGGCGACGUGGGAGAGGUUUAUUGUUGAGAUGGAGGCGGAGGGGGAAUUGGAUGCCGAUCAGGGUCAGGGGCGGCACAAAAAUAAUAAAGGUGGGCUAGAAGAUGCGCUUGUUGGGCUGGGGCAUUCAUGA